UAAGCUUUUGUAUGCUGCUGACAAAGGCCCGGCAGCGGAGAAGUGAAGGACGGAGGAGGAGGAGGGGAGCUCUUUUCGUUACAAAAAUUCGCCUGUACAGCCCACAUUAGAAGGAGAUCAGCAGUUGCAUGGGAGGAUGGAAACCACAAGGCUCCGAUUGGAGUUCACAGAGAAAGAGGGCAUUUUGAGCCAGUCCCAAAUAUCAGAGGGGCUUCAACAGUGCUGGCUUCUCCUUAAACCCCACCACCACAGAACCAUCGCUGACCUCGCUGCUUACAUUCUUCACGCUUUUCAACUUCAACCCUCUUGCCCUCAUGGCCUCCUCCUCUACAUGGAUGGCUACGUGUUACCAGGUUUUGAAUCGACUACCAUUUUGAAGGAUAAAGAUGUAAUCAGUGUAAGGAAGAAAGGGCUCACCUUGGCUAUUCGGGGAACCAAUCCAAUCAAUUUAGUUGCAGAAAUGGAAGCUGUGGAGCAGCAACCUGUAAAUACUGGAGCACUGCUUUUAGCAAAUGAGGAAUUCGAGAAGGAAACUGGAGGUUAUCAGAGUGAUGAGCCUGAAGAUGAAUCCGAAGGUGCGGAGGGGGAUGAUAAAGAGGAAGCUAGAGAUGUAACUGAAGAGGCUGAGGAUGAGGUCAGGGAAGAGCAGUUGGAAAAUUCUUUACAUAAUCCAUCGCAAGAAAAUGCAACUUCGAAGAAAAGGAAAGCUCCGGAAAAACUGCAGGGGUCAAAAAAGAAGAAACUACGUGCAGAGCGUCAGUGUAGGGUUGACAAUGCUGGUCCAGCAGAGCAAAUUGAAAAUUGUCAGCAAGAUGGUGUCCAUGCAGCAAAGGAGAGUACUCACAAACAGAAAAAGGUACCUGAGAUCAAGAAGAAAAAUGAAAGUGAUAUUGCUGAACAAGGCGAUGGAAGUAUUGUGGCUUCACCAAAUAUGAAGAGCAGUGACCCGACUCAAAAAAAUGGAGAGGAGACUGAAAAAGUAUCUGGGGGAACAAAGAAGCUCCCUAGCAGAAGUGCAAGGCGCAAAAAAGCUAAGAGGCGGUGGAUACGUGAAAUGGCCAAAAUUCAGAAGAAAGAUACCAUUUCUCAACCUAAGGAAAUUCAAAAUUGGAAAAAGAAACCAGUUAGAGCUGAAGUGAAGAAGUACAACAACUGGAAACAGAGACCAGCCAAACCUGAUGUAAAAGAAGAUGAUGGCCAACCAAAGGGACUGCUAUACUGGAAGCAGUGGUCUGGAAAAGAUACAAAUACUGAUAAGAGAAAACAUGGAGAGGCAACUCAAAAUGGCAGUGCAUCUGAGCAAUCAAAUCAGAAGAAAAGCUUGGAUGACGAAGUUGUUCCGAUUGUAAUUAGGCCUGGGCACAUCCGCUUUGAGCCUCUAGAGAAUGAUCAAGCUGAGGCACAAAAUCAAGUCUCAGAGGAAUCUUUCCAGUGGAAUGGAAUCACCAGCAAAAGAAAGGGCCAAAAGUGGGGAACUGAGAAAAAUUCAUUUUCCAGGAGAAACGAUUAUAAUAAUGCCAACAGAGACCGUCCUGUGACAUUAAGUGCCCCGAAAGAUGUACAUUUGAAUGGACCAAUUGAUUUUGAAAAGCUUCCUCUCCUUUCCUAUAUGCCAAAGGUAGGUGAUGUGAUCGCGUAUCGCUUACUUGAGUUGUCGUCGACCUGGACUCCUGAAAUUUCUCCCUUUCGAGUUGGGUAUGUGUCAUGGUGUAGUUCAAAAUCUGAUAAACUCAUUCUGAUGCCAGUCCCUGGGUAUCCAGUUACUACAAAGAAUGCGGAUGAAGAACCUGAUAAGCAGCCAGAUGACUCCCUUUACAAAGAAGAUGGAUCUUUGGAGAUAGGUUUUGCAACUCUUAUUGAUGUUCGUGUUGUCAAAGAUGGCCAUGAAGGUUCAACUGAAGCAGUAACUGGUGAGGCAAAUGGAGGUCCUGCAGCUACUGAGAAUGCUACAGUUUCUGAUCCACCUGCCAAUAAUGAGACACAAAUAGAUGCCCCUGCCCCCGGGAGUGGAGAAGCAAAUUGUGGGAAACAAAAAAGUGCCUCAGGCUCAGAAAAUGGUGGAAACAUAUGGGAGCAAUUGAGUGAGGCUUUGAAUGCCAAGAAGGAAGAACUCUCCCAAGGAAACUCUUGGGAUAAGGCCAGUUCAGGGAAAAGCUCGUGGUCCUAUAGAGCCUUAAAAGGUAGUGCCCUCGGCCCAACAAUGGCUCUGUUGAGAUCUAAAAACAAGUUAUGAGAUGAAGAGAAGGCAAGUUGGGGUUAAAUUUUGCUAUGGCGUUGCUUUUCCCCAACUAUUUUUGUUUAGUCUGGCUUGUGACAUUUAGCCUCUGUAACUUCUGAACCUGCAUAUAUUCAGUUGUGCUAACCAAGCUGAAGCCUACUGUGAAUACCGCUCCCAACUUUCUUCAUCUAUGCGAACCUUACUUAUUGGAUCACUGCUUUCCUUGAUAAUGUGUACCUGGUGCUAAUUAACAUCACUUUUGAGGUCA